GCUAACUUUACCACCUUUGCUUAUCUACCUAGAACUAUUUCAGAAAACAACUCUGAAGGAAGCUGAAAGUCUUCUGAUUUUGUCACACUUCCAACGCCUAUAGCAUCCAAGCAAACAGUCGGCCUAUUACCACUGACCAACCUCUGCUGAGAACCAUUCGGCUGGUUUUGCUCGCAUCACCGGCAAACCUUUUUAUUGAAGCUUGUGGCAGGCCCCUAGACUUAUUUAAAGGUUAAAGAUUCCGUCAGUCAUACCAUUGGAGCUUACCUUGCCUUACGGUAUUCAUAUUGGACGAUAUUCUCCAAGAUACCCUAUCUGCCCAUCUUAGGCGUUUUAAAAUUCUCGCGUUCCUGCUCAUCUAGAUAGAAUCAUAACCCGUACCCACCUCUAACACUUUCUACCCAACAUGAGAUUCCCCAUACCGUUUCUCCCGUUGCUACUACUCACAACCGUGCUCAGUGAGGUCUCCACCUCCGACUUGGUCAUCGACCUCCCCACUACCACGCUCAUCGAUGUGUUAUCACGCCACGCUCAGUUCUCGACCUUCCUCCGCCUCGUGCAGCGAAACGGCUUGGUACUCUAUCUCAAUUCGCUCUCCAACGUGACCCUCUUUGCGCCCGUGAACUCGGCGUUCAUCAACACUCCAGAACCCUUCACGUUGCAGAACUUGACCCGGUACAUCGUAGAUGACAGGAUAACCCUCGAGGACGCCCCCUGGGAGGGAGCCAUCCUCUACACCACCAAACACGUCUCCGCUACCAACCCCAGCCUCCGCACCCCCGCCAUUAUCGACUAUAGCGACGAGGAGAGAAUGUUGAUCAACGGCGUGGCGGUGGUGGAACCAGACCUCUUGGCCAACACCUCCGACAAUGUCGUUCAAGGUAUUAACGCCUUGCUUCACGUGCCUGCCCGUCUUUGCGAGCUUGUCACCUCCGAGUACAACUACACCCAUUCCGAAGUGUUCAAGCGAUUGUUUGCGAGCUACUCUGAUGGUCACUGCAAUCUCACAAACGUCACAGUAUUUGUGCCGCAUGACUCCUCCGUCAACCUCACCCUGGUCGAGCUUUCCUACUUGCUCCUGGACCACAGGGGUGGGAAGAGCAAGCAGUCGAGCGUCUUGCUGAAAAGCAACGUUGCCGACGAGGAUUUGCACAGCCACAUCGCCCGUGACCGCAGCUUAGUGGUGCAGAAUUUCAUUCUUCCGGGGUAUGUAGGCGGGAACUUGGACCCCUUUGAGACCGCCAACCUCAACGGCGACAUGGUGGCGUUGCGUUCCUUCGAGAACGGAAACCGCUUGUCCGUCAAUGCAGUGGAUACCAAGUUUGCCAACAUAGUCACCGACGAUGCCAUUGUCCAUCUUCUAGGCAAAACCAACGCCUCGCAGCCUGGCGAGUACUUGGAUCUCCGGGCGCUCGUGGGGUUCACCCCCAAGAAGAUUCUCAUCGGCAUGAACUGUUCCAACUUUGUCGAGGAUAUCAUUUACCGCCGGUUGAGCCACCUCAUCGAUGACCUUUCCUUGGAACAGACCAUAAUCGUGGCUGUUGACGAGGAAGAGGAUGAAAUUUCGGUGCAAGGCACCAAGAGCGAUUUGUACCAGUUUGUCCAGGGCCAGGUCGACUUUGACGAGCUCUUUGCCGACGACGAUUCAACCAAGUUGCUUGAUACCAAGCUCUACGAGCCGCUGAAAUUGGGACCGGGAAACUGCGCCAAGAUGAAGAUUUCCCAGGUGGGAAAGGGCCACAAACGAGACUGGGUCAUUAACAACCGCUUCUUUGUCACCAGCGACAAGUACACCAUUGGAAAGACAAACAUCUACCUCACAGACGAAGAGAUAACCCCUCCGCCAACCGACAUUGUGACCGCUGUGGCUCCCUACUUCCACUGCUCGCGCUCGCUCUCGUACUUUGAAGAGCUCAGGUUGUUGCAUCUCCCAAAGAACCACAAGGGGUACACUAUCUUCCUUCCUUGCUACCAGUCCUGGAAGAGUCUUGACUUGACCUACAAGUACUUGGAGAGCAACAAGACGGCGUUGCGCCUCGUUCUCGAGAAUAUGAUCCUUGAGAGCUUGGUGUAUGACGAGGAGACCGACGUACAGGUAAGCACGUUGGGAGGGGAGUCGAUGGUGGUUAAAAGCGCUGGCAGUGAUUUGUUGUUGAACGAUACCUUGGUGAGGAUGGACCGAGGCACCACGGAUAUCAUGUAUCUGCAGGGCGUAAUCCACUUGAUUGAGGAGAUCAUCAUUCCAGAUUCUCUCACCAUCGAUAUCAAGGACUUGAUCAACCACAACACCAAUGAUGACGGCUACUUCCUCGAUCUCCUCCGUGCCUAUGGACUAGCCCAUUACUUGACACCGGAAUACAACUACUCGAUGCUCUUGCCCACCACUAAGUCGCUAAAGUUCAACAGCGUGAAUGGAAGCUACCCCGAUAUCGAAAAGUUGCUAAAAUUGCAUCUCUUGCCUCCAGGAGCGAUUGAUCUUUUGCUUCAGUGCGGCCAGACCCAGGCAUUGCAGCGUCACCACAAUAUCACCUCUGAAGAGUUUAAGAUCCCAACUCUCCUCAAUAACACCUUCCUAGGCUGCCGCGAAGUAUCAUCCAAGCACUUUAUGUUACACAUUUCUGAAGGUGAUGUUUCUCACGAGGUGAGAAUCUUGAACACUGGGUGUACCAAUCCUUCUUCUCGCUUUAAUUCCAAGACUAACCAGUGCUUGUACAUCAUUGACCGUCCGCUUUUGCCCUCCUGGUUGCUGCAACACCCCAUCAAGGUUAUUUUACACUUACCGUGGACAGCUAUUGGCCUCGGAAUCAUAUUGGGGGCGUUUGGUAUUGUUUGCAUGUUCAGUAUCUUUAUGGUGGUGUUUGUGGGAAUGCGGAAACAGGGAUCCGUUGCGUCUCUGCCCUCCUCCCCCGAACCGGACAUCGAAGCGGAUGUAGAAAACAGCGAGACUCUGCCAUUUUUGGGCAAUGCUACUGCCGGCUAUGGUAGCACAGAAGCUCCUCGUUCAUUAAGAACUUCCCCUAAAGGGUCGCCUCCCAAGAACAAAGCCAAAAACAAGCUCAAAGCGCCGAAUGUUAAGGUUACUCCGCCGCUGAGCGAGGCAUUGUACUCGGAUAAUUCCACAGCACAGCCGAUCAAGGUUACCCUGAGUAUUAUCAGCACCUUGAACCGUGAGCGACACCUUCCGGGCUGAGCCGAAAAUCAUAUUUAAUACAUAGGUAUCGAU